AUGCUAAAUCGAGAGGAGCAAGUGGGGAAUCAAGCUCCAAACAAUGACCGUGAAGGACUCAUUUUAACAUUUCUGCUCCAAUCAAUCCAGCGAUUGGGCGAGGCAGCCCGCAAUCAUCUACAACCACGGAUUGAUGAAAUGUUUCAUACUGAAAACGGCAUUGUUAGUCUUAGAUUGGACGGUAGACAGGAAAACGUGUCGGAAGAUGAAGUCCGCGAAAUCGUCGAGGAUACCAUCCACAUACUCCGAGAGCCUCGUUUGGAAAAUGUUGUUUCCAACGAUGAGAAUAUUGCUAAUCUCAUCGGAAACUUUCUUAUUCAGCUUGGCCAUACACUCAACAACACUCAUUUUAAUGGACGUGUCGUACGCCUACUCCGUCGAGUUUUUGGGGAUUCUUUCGAUGAAGGCACUCCAAUCACGGUCAACGCAAUCGAACGUAUUUUCGAUCUUAUCAUCGAAACCCUCGAGCGCGAUCAGCACAACGGUUAA